AUGGAUCAAGCCAAGAAAGAUCAUGUGCUGCGUCGAUUAACCCGGUUUUUCCAAUUGCACCUUUCGGUACGAACACUACACUUCUACCACAACGACCAGGUCGAUGAUCCAAGCAUCCCAAACUAUCAUCUCCGACGCGCAAGGCUGCUAUUGUUCAGAUUCCUUCAUUUCGGGUUGAAACUGUCCGCAGAACGAUUCCCGCAUGAUCAUAUGCUGCUUCGAUGGGUUUUCACAGGGUACACAACCAACGGACCAUUCCAAGAAUGUGGCCCUGGCGAAGACGAACGGGUUGCCGACGACACCAUAAUGCUAUCAAGAGAUGAGCUUUUGAAAGGUAUUUUGUACCACUCCGUUUCGAACACGCACGACAACGGCAAACCAAUACAUGAUACGUUGAAGGAUCUUUACGUGUAUUUCAUGGAUGCCAUGGUCUCGAACGAGUACCUGCGAACCUGGCAUGCCGGACAGAAGGUUGCCUGUGAAUGGAAUUCUCUCAGCGAAAGGCACACACUGGAAUUCCUGACCGGGUUCGAGAUUGGAAAAGAUGCCAUGGCCCGAUGGGGGGCAGAAAUCGAUAAAAGAGCUGUACAUGACCUUACGUAUUGGCGCAGCAGGGAAUUCCAGGACGAACCUUUGAAAACAGAAUGUAAUCUGUUCGACCAGGAGUUCUUCAUCUUGGAGAACGAAGCGAGUAGUUUUAUCCAGAACCUCAGCUUUCAAGAGCAUUGUGCGAAUAAGCAGGACUGGUGUGUACCUAUGCAGGGGUAUGAAUUGCCCGACGAGAUGUGUCCAAUGUGUUCCUCUACAUACGACCGAGUCAAUACGUCGGCAUUGAAUCCCUGGGACCAUACUAGACCUACUCCGGUCCAACUACGCUGCAAACACAUCAUGUGUUUCCGCUGCUUCACCGACAAUACUAGCGAAGCGGCAGUGGGUUGCCCGAUUUGUAGCACCGCACUGUCACCACCAACCCCGCAGCAGAUGAACGAGAAAGAACUGAACGAGGAUAUAAGCCACAUCAAACCGCUCUUCCUAAACGGUACAUUACCAUGCUCUAAAUAUGCCAAGUACCUACUCCCAAUCGUGAGCGCAUACCUGGCAAAGCUCCCGUCCGCACUUCCCGCGCCAGAUUACUCCUCGGAGUAUUUCAACUUUGCGAACUGGACGGACCGUGAGAUGGGUUUUGAGGCACCCCUUCAAACACUAAACUACGUGCAAGGAUUAGUAUAUGGCUUAGAUUACCGUGGUUGGGAAGAGCUUGACCACGCCCGUUGCCAGUUGGCUGUGGAUUGUAUGCGUCUUGCUCGCGACCGUCUCGAAGCGUUUUUGAAUGGGGAUGAGCAGGUUUAUAAGAUUGUCUGUAAGAGGCAGUUAUAUGUGCGCGCUCGAUAUGAGGGUGUUUGCCUCAGUUUUGCAUUGGCGUCCUGGAUUCGAAAGAUUCACGUCAUGUAGAUGGUCAGAAGGGGCGGAGUGUGGAAUGAGGUAUUUUGGG